UUAUCUCAAAAAAGCUCUUUCUGCUCUCUUUGCUGCACAAUAUUUCCUCAUAUUCGCGGAAUAUUCUCGACCAAAAACCAACAAUAAAUAAAUAAUUUUAUAAAUAAGAAACAUAUAAGAACUAAACAUGGAACAGUGCUAUAACAGAGGAUGUGGCCAACUAUUUGAUCCCACCAAGAACGCAGAUGAUUCUUGCCGGCAUCAUCCAGGUGCGCCGUUCUUUCACGAUGCGUACAAAGGCUGGUCAUGCUGUAGCAAAAAGUCGGUAGACUUUACAGAGUUUCUCAAUAUUAAGGGAUGCACAUUAGCCAAACAUUCGAAUAUUAAGCCACCAGAGCCGGAAAAGCCAGCCAAAGAUAAUGAUAAAGACGAUGAAGUUGUGAUUGAAGUACGCGCUCCCAUCAAGGAAUCACUGCCCAGGCCCGCCAUCGAAACGCAGUUCACUGUAGUGCAGCCAACAGUGGCGCCUGCUCUGAAGGAGACCAUCGAUGCACUAAAACUGGCCGAUGUUGUGACGCCUACUAAAACGGCAACGGAUGAUGGUGUGAUUGCUGUUGGCACCAGCUGCAAGAACAACGGGUGCACUUUCUCAUACACGAACAGCAGCAGCGACUUCAGUGAAUGCACCUAUCAUCCUGGCGUACCCAUCUUCCACGAGGGCAUGAAAUUCUGGUCGUGUUGCCAGAAACGCACCUCAGAUUUCGCACAAUUUAUGGCCCAAAAGGGCUGCGUCUAUGGCCAGCACAAAUGGGCUAAAGAUGACGAAGACAAGAAGGUCGUGCAAUGUCGCUACGAUUGGCAUCAGACGGCCACGAAUGUCGUUGUUGCUGUCUAUGCCAAAAAAUAUCAUUAUGCGCAAAGCAUCGUUGAAGUGAAUCCGAUACGACUACACGUAAUGUUACUUUUCCCCGAGCAGGAAAAUGCCAAAUUCGAUAUGGAUCUGGAAUUGCGGGGUAUUAUCAAUGUGGAGAAGGUUACGGCGCACAUGUAUGGCACAAAGUUGGAGAUAACGCUGCCCAAGCUGGAGCCCGGCUCGUGGGCAAAACUGAAUUUCCCACGCGAAGUGCUGCCAGCAGUUAAGAAAAGCGAUGCCAUCCAGAAAGAAACGGCAGUCAAUGAUGAGAGCGAUGAUGAUUCCGUGGACUUGGAUGAUAUCGAACCGGUGCAUAGCCAUGGUCUUAAGAUAUCCGAAAUGAGUUUGCAGAAUCCUAAUGGCCUGGAUUGAUAACAAACCUAGCAUUUAUUAUUUGCACCACAAGAAACUACUAUGAGGAUUGUGUUAAAUUGUUUUGUGAAAUAUACACAAGUAUGCCUUAGAUA